AUGUCGGUGAUGCAAUUAGAGGACUACCUGAAUGACAUCGCCGAUGGUGUCGGCGAGCGUCUGUUCACCCUUAACGAGGGCUUCUUGCACUCAGCCCCCUUCAAAGCAGCCGGCUGGCGAACCAACCCAGCCCUGAUCAAGCGGACACAUUCCCCACCCAUCCCAACCGGUGUCGCAUCGGAGUACUUCCAGGCUCCGCGACUGGCGCCGCAGCCGGCUGAAGAUGAGGGCGAGGAGACCGUCUUCUCAGGCGGCGGUACUCGGGAGACUGCCCCACCCAGCAUCCCGCUCAAGUCACGUCGCCGCCAGCAGCAGAUGCAGAUGGAGGAUGAUGACAGCAGUGACCUGAGUGACGACAGCGAUGACGAGGGAGAGCAGCAACAGCAGCAGCAUCGGGGUGCGCAGCAGAUUAAGUUCGCUAAGAUGCCCUUGCGUAGUCGUGCAGGUUCAUCACCGGGCCAGUCGUCUAACCUGCGCCAGAUGACAUCUGUGACAUCUUCAUCACCUCGCCCACCCCGUCGAGGGUCCCAGUCCACGCUAGAGACGGUUAAGGAACGCACUCGGAGAGAUACCGUCACCAGCAGUGAGAUCUCAUCUGAGAACGAGUUUGACGCGUCAGGUUUCCAUCGCCAGCGCGAGGCUGCCCGGGCAGCAGCUGCACGUGCCGCCAUCAGCGAGGAGGACGAGACGGCUGUUCAGGUCACUACGACUGUCAGGGUUCCCAAACCCGGCAGCCUGCUUGAAGAUGAUGACUCUGAUGCGUCAUCCAUGUCAGGUGCCUUCGUUGAGAGCAUCGACUCAGCUAGCAUUCUCGAUGCAAUCAAGAAUCCUCUGAAUCAGUCACUCCGCGACCAAGUGGUCGGGACACCACCACGCGAAUUCACCCGGCGGUCAACCAUCCGCAAAUCAGCCAUGCCUCCACCUUUACAAGUCAUCAGUCAGUUACCGCCACCAAGACCGAUGAGUACGAUCCGGCCAUUGAGCAUGGUACAGCCGACGAGCUUGCUGUCGGCAGCGUUGAAGGCGAAGAAGACCAAGCCAACACUGCCGUUCGACAGUUUCGCCUCUCUCUCAGGCCAGGGCGAUCCAAAUCCAAUCAUGCUGCGCAUCUUUGCCCCGUUCUCGACCAAGCCAUCUGUGCCGUUUGAAGUGCUUAUCCGAAGGACGGUGCAUCAGGGUGAAGGAGGAGACCGUGCCGUCACCAUUGCGGAUACCAUUGGCCUUAGUCUCUGGAGGUACAAUGAGGAGAAGAGGGAGCCCCCUUUGCCGGAAGACAAACUCACAGUCAACUGGUGGAAUCUGCGCAUGGUCGAAGAAGAUGGCGAGAUUGACGACGAUUUCCCGCCUCUCGACCGUACCAAGCCCCUGACCUCCUUUACAACCGCCAACAACAAGGCUGGUUUGCGUGGCCGCUCCAACUCCAAGGUAUACGACAUCUUCGCUCUCUCCAUGGCCUCACCCUCCGAACACGAAGAAAAUGUCAAGGCAACACCCGAGUUCGAAAAAGUCCCCGAAGCAGCAGCUCCCGCUGAAGAGGACGACCUUGCGACCCCCAAACCCCAGCAACCCCCCUCAAGUUCCCUCCCGCUGGACCAACCGCCAGAAAAUCCUCUCCUCAACACAGCGUACCGUGCCCCACACGCUAUAUUCGCUGACCUCCCUCAGACCCAACAACCAACCCAACCGCAACAGCAUGUGGCCCGAGGGGAGAAGCGCCUGCUCCGUAUCCACAUUCACUCUCCGGAUAUUGCGCCAGGACAAAUGAUCACCCUCGAUGUGUCUACCGAGACAUGGAUGGCUGAGGUGCUCGACAUUGCGUGCCGCAAGAGGCAGCUUGAUCGUGCGAAUCAUGUCCUCAAACUCCCUGGCUCUGGCACAGUGGUUAUGCUGGACCGAACGGUAGGGCAAUACGGUGCCAUCUCAGAGCUAGAUUUGUGCAGAAGAAGGUUUGCUACAGACGGACCUUUGUUGCAGGGCGUUGGGUCAUUGAGCAGUUCCUCACCGAGACAACUCAUCUCUACUGGAGGGGGAGAUGGUAGCUGGGGUGCGGCAGCCAUGGGCAAGAGCAAAAAGGCUAAGCUUCUCCUGGGGAGCACUACUGCCGCAGGCGGGGUUGGCACCCAUCCUCUGGCAAGGGAGGUCCUCAAGGCGGAUGAGCUCCUGGCCGGUGUGUUGGGCUCGAAUUACAAGAAGUAUGUGGUUUGGAGGAAGCAGCCGAUGAGGUUACUAAGCGAGAAGCUGCUCGUCAUCGAUGGUGAUUACGUACACAUCAUGCCUGCAUCCUCAGGAGGGGCAAAGAUGUUGCUUGCUGCUGGGGAAAGAGGGGAAAUGCCUGCCGGCACGGCUGGGGAUGUCAUGGUGGGAGGGAAGAGUACUACCACGGUGCACUUUAGCAAUGUGGUUGGAUGUAAGGUUUCGAGGAAGCAUCCUAGUCAUUUCAAGUUGGUCGUUUACAAAUCUACCGAGAGCAAGCGGUACGAUUUUGUGACAAGCAGUCCGGAAUAUGCGGCAGAGAUCGUAGCAGAAUUGAAGAAGGGGAUUUCGCCAUAUCGUGAAGUUUGA